UCUUGCAUAGUCUCUUGUUCUACACUCCAGUCCGGCUGGUGGCGGUAAUGCGCCUCUAAGCCUGUUUGCCAACCGUCAAUAACCACUAAAGAAGAAGAAGGAGCAGCUAACAGAAAUAUCAUCAUGGCAGCGGAGAGCGAUGUGUUGUCUGAAAUCGAGGUGCUGCAGUCAAUCUACCUGGAUGAGCUGCUGGUCACCAGGAGGGAGGACAGAGACUGGGAGGUGAGCCUGGUCCUGUAUCCCUCCACAGCCGAGGACUCCGUCUCCCAGUUCGUCCGGCUCACGCUGACUUUGACCCUCGAUCAGCAGUAUCCUUCGUCUUCUCCGGCCAUCUCCAUUCACAACCCGCGAGGGCUUUCUGAUGACAAGCUCAGCAGUGUUCAGAAGUGUCUGCAGCUGGAGGCUCAGUCCUGUCUGGGUUCACCAGUGUUGUAUCAGCUCAUUGAGAAAGCAAAAGAAAUCCUGACUGAAAGUAAUAUUCCUCAUGGAAACUGUGUCAUUUGUCUCUACGGGUUUAAGGAGGGAGAGACGUUCACUAAGACCAGCUGCUACCACUACUUCCACUCCCACUGCCUCGGCCGCUACGUCCGCCACUCUGAGAGGGAGCUCCGCCAGAGGGAGAAGGAGUUAGAGGAGGACAAGACCAGAGAGAGAGACGAGCACCAGGAGCUGACCGUGGUGUGUCCGGUGUGUCGGGAACCUCUGAGCUAUGACGUAGAUCAGCUCCUGUGCUCUCCUGCUCCUCAGCUGCCCGAGCUGGAUGAAGCAGCCAUCGGUUCAGAUUUUCAACGUAAGUGGUUUGAACUUCAGAAGCUUUUGGAAAGACAGCGGCGUAAAGGUGGGAUCAUCGACCCGGAGGCGGAAUCCAAUCGUUUUCUGAUCCAUAUCAAUGAGACUCCGUCAGCUCCUGAAAACGGAAACUUGGUGGACGCAGACGUCUCUCCCGGCUCUCCGCUACCUUCCGCUUCUAACGUCUCCUCCGAUGAAACCGGCGUCCGAGCGGAGCCGUUCGUUCCCGGACCGUCACACUGCAGAGGCGGUCAGAGCCAGAGGCGUCAGAGCCAGGCGAGGGGGCAGAGGAGAGGGGGCAGAGGGUCCUCCAGACCGCAACACUGGAGGGCCGCCCCGAUCACAGAACACCUGGACAAACUCUCUCUGUCCUCAGACUGCUCUGACGGACCGAUGAGAGGCAAACCUCAGGGUGACUACGGCCAACAGACGCAAGGAGACGCAGAACCGUGUCAGAAUAAGACGGGGAAGGAAGUCUACGCGCAACAAGAGACGCAGCUUUCUCCAGACGAACAAAGUCUGGAAACCGAAUGCCUAAAAGAUGUCGCAGGCGGUCACGGUCAUCGCGGGAGGAGAAGGGGCCCUUAUCGAUCCGGCCCGCACACCGGGGCCCCCGGUGCACCCGCACGCUACCACUGGGACGGCCGAGCCUCCAGAAGCAGGGGAGGGGCCAAUAACCUGUGCGGCAGAGGAGGCGGGCCCCGCCGGGGUCACGGCAGGGGCUACCAACAGAGAGCGGUGGAGAGGGAGAGGGGGAGAGAGGAGGUGCUAUGACAAAGGGCGACAGGAGGGAACAAACGAACGUGUGCCUCCAUCAUCGGUUUGCGUAGAUUACAGCCCUGCAGCAGAAACGACCGCCACUCUAGUGUCUCCUGUACUCUCCCGCCGUUCUCCUGGUCUCUGAUAUGCACUUUCACGCACACUAAUCUCAGAUACAGAUGGUUGUUGUUUUUUGUUCUGAUGCAAUAUGACUUGAAAGAACUACAAAUUAAAAAUGUCUCUGGA